ACUUCCUGUUUACGAGUUACGCCAGCCGACGCCACCAAGACCUCCUGUCUAGAGAGCUACCGCCAGUCCCCUUCGACGAAAUUUUGAGCAAUAUCGAUGAAGACGAGGAGGACGACUGGCUAGACGAGGUAGACUACACUUUUGCACCAGUUGACAUAGAAGAAUACCUACAAGGGCAAGGCCAGACUCAGACAGCAGUAUUAAAUAACUUGGAGGAUGACACGUCGGCAGUGUCUUCGGACGAGGAAGUAAGUACUACACCUGUGAAUGUUGCUCCGGGGGGAGGUGGUGGGGGUAAUACAGCUACUAGUAGAAGGACUA